GAUGGAGCAUGCAUUCAUCAUUCACCGUUCGUAGCAGUUGCACCGUCCUAUCCGAUUACAGCCGCGGAAGUGGAAGUGAAGGUGAAAAAAACGACAAUCAAUUGCCAGUGCAGCAGUUCAACCGAUCUCAGCAUGUCUCUAGCGGGUCAAAGUGCGGUCGUUUUUGGUGGCUGCGGUGGCAUGGGAAUGGCAAUAGGGCAGCAUCUGCUCAGGCAGGGAGUGAAGAAACUGUGCAUCGUUGAUGUGGUGGAGCUGACCGAUUCCAAUCUGUCGUGUUUGAAAGAAAGCGGUGGCGAUGCGCUGAUACUCUGCAAAAUCUGCGACAUCUCGAAUCGUGCGGCGUUGAAGCAGCUGCUGGAGCGGGACAUCAUCGAGGCGCUGGGCUCGAUCGAUAUCUUGGUGAAUUCGGCCGGCAUCGUUGAGAGUGAAGUACCCGAUAAACUGAUCGGCGUUAAUUUGACGGGUGUGAUCAACUCAUGCCUCAUUGCGCUGAACUUGAUGUCCCGGGCGAAGGGUGGCAAGGGUGGCGUUAUAGUGAAUGUGGCAUCAACAGCAGGGCUAGAACCGAUCCCAUUUCUUCCCACCUAUUGUGCAUCGAAGCACGGCUUAAUUGGGUUCACACGAUCGCUGGGGGUUGAACCUGUGUACAGCGAAACUGGCGUCAAGUUUAUCAUCAUCUGUCCGGGUGGGACGCGUACUCGGAUGUUUGAAAACUGCCGCUCACUGUCGAUUGAGAUCGAGGUGUUGCAAACGAUGUUUCGCGAAUUUAAACAUCCGUAUGCGCCGCAAAGCCCUGAUGUCGUUGGAGCUUGCAUAGUGCAGGCCAUCGUAGAGGGAGACAACGGGUCGACUUGGAUCUGUAACGAUGGUAAAAUCGAAAUUCAUUCCUACCCAGCGUCCCGGUUUUUGUGAGUAUGUGUGUUGCAUAAGAGUACAGAAAGGAUAUUCCAAAUACAUUAUAUUGAGGCUAAAUAAAUGUGGAUAUUGGUACGAA